GCGCAAUCGGUAUGGAUCACGUGGGACCCACCUCGGCCGUCAUCGGAGUACCCUCGGCCCAUCUUGGAGGUUAAGACCACCGCUUGAUUCAUUUGUCGAUUCACGGUUUCAAUACCAGCCUGAAAGAUGUUCCGUCAGAGCAUUAGACGCUUCGGAACAACGGCUCUUCGGGCCGCGGCCGCGGAGACGUCCUAUACCACUCGCGUGUCUACGGCGCAGGGCGUUGUAAAUGGACUGACAGAAGCCAUCGGCAACACCCCCUUGAUCCGAUUGAAGCGACUCUCAGAAGAAACCGGGUGCAAUGUCCUGGGCAAAGCCGAGUUCCAGAACCCCGGUGGAAGUGUAAAGGACCGUGCUGCACUGUUUGUGGUUGAAGAUGCCGAGAAGAAGGGAUUGCUGCACCCGGGUGGCACCGUUGUGGAGGGAACUGCUGGCAACACGGGAAUUGGCCUGGCCCACGUGUGUCGCUCCAAGGGCUACAAGCUGGUCAUCUACAUGCCCAACACGCAAUCGCAGGGCAAGAUUGACCUGCUCCGACUCCUCGGUGCGGAGGUCUACCCAGUCCCCGCGGUGGCAUUCGACAACCCCGAGAACUACAACCACCAGGCACGCCGCCAUGCGGAGUCACUGGACAAUGCCGUUUGGACCAACCAAUUCGACAACACGGCCAAUCGCCAAGCUCACAUCGAAACCACAGGUCCAGAGAUCUGGGCACAAACCGGCGGCAAGAUCGAUGCUUUCACCUGCGCGACCGGUACUGGCGGCACGCUUGCUGGAAUCACUCGCUACCUCAAGACUGCCAGCGACGGCAAGGUCAAGAGCUUCUUGGCCGACCCGCCUGGCAGUGUCCUGCACAGCUACAUUCAAAGCGGUGGCAAGUUGACUGACCGAUCUGGGGGCAGCAUCACCGAGGGCAUUGGCCAGGGACGUGUGACGGAUAAUCUGCAGCCCGAUAUUGAUCUUCUGGAUGGUUCUCUGAACAUCUCCGACGAGAAGACCAUUGAGAUGGUCUAUCGCUGCCUGGAUGAGGAGGGUCUCUACCUCGGAGCCAGCUCCGCUUUGAACGUGGUGGCUGCCAAGGAAGUGGCCGAAAAACUUGGCAAGGGCAACACGGUGGUGACCGUUCUCUGCGAUGGUGCUUACCGCUACGCCGAUCGGUUGUUCUCCCAGACGUGGCUAGAAUCGAAGAACCUGCGUUCGGCCAUCCCCAAGCAUCUGGAGAAGUACAUUGUGUUGCCUUGAGCAUGACGUUGGAUAGAUAGAGUCGAUCUUGAACAUGUACUUCUAAAAUUAACGCAGCGAGUUCUGUACUUCGAUAGAUUCCCAGUCUCUUGAACAAUCGAGGCAUAAGUUCGAUGGUACAUACUCAUCAGCAUGUGGCCACGACCGUAUAUUAAUAGUUCGUAACUCCGCAUCAAUGGAUCAGCGAACACCUCUAGUUAGGUAUGCUUCAACUUGCCUUGUCCAAUAAGUUUUCCAUACCUCGGGCAACGUCUCUUGAUACA